UUGCCCGUGGCAACGCAGCGACGCCUCGGGCCUAGUCACUGCAAUCUGCAGCCUGUCUGCGUCUCUUUAAUUUGAUUAAGUUAGUGGCCGUGAAAUUUCUUUAACUUUGUCCCCCCGUUUAAAAUAAUGCCGCCCAAGAAGAAAAAGGGAAAGGGGGGAAAGGGCAAGAAGAAGAAGAAUGAGAAGACAUCAGAUUCCACCGAGGAGAAGUUUGAACGUUCGCGACGGGAGGUGGAGAUUUUGAAAGACCACCUGGCAUUGCAGAGGGAGGGUUGUAGGAGAGCUGAGUUUGGGAGGGAGACAUGGAGAGGCAAAGCAACGCAAUUGGAGACAGAACUGGAGGAGAAGAAAGAGGAAGAGGAUGCAGUCAGUUCUGAGCUCACGCGCCAGUACAAGACGAUGCACGGCGACCUGUCUCUACGCGUGCGGCAGCUGGAGUCGGACGUGCAGUACCUGCAGAGCCAGCUGGAGGAGAGUCAACGCAGUGUGAGGGAGGAGCGUGCGGAGCGAGAGAAACUCUCCCGGGAGAAGCUGCUGCUGCAGACGGAACUUCAGGACAAAAUGGAACUCAUGGAGGAGGAGUACGAGAGAGCUUUCCACGCGGCGCUGGACUCCCUCGUGUCUCGCCUGGACACGGCGAAGGCGGCGUGGGAGCCCCGCGUGGCGCUGCUCCACGCCAAGCACAAGCGCACGCUGCAGCAGCACGGCCUGGCACCCCUCUCCCUGUAGCCGCCACGGAAACCGCAGCGCCCCCUGGAGGCACCACACCGCCACAGCGCUGCACAUAACCCAGCACUUCCUGUACCCACAAUGCCCACCCAGCCCUGUGUGUGUGUGUGUGUGCGCCGAGGUCACGUCUCUGUGCGACAGAGAUCGCAAACGGGUUUUGAUUCCUUACCCGUACCCGGCCGCACCAGGGUCGCAAACGGGUACCCGUACCCUUACCCGGCCGUGUACGGGUAGGGUACGGGUACGGGUACCCGAUUGCGACCUCUGGGAUGAAGCCAUGUUGCAGGCGCGGGUGGGUUGAUUCUAGGAACUUGA